CCAUCUUCAACUCCUCCAUGUCAUUCUGAUCGAAAUUGAUCGCCCGAUUGAUGGCACCGCAAUUAUACCCAGAAAUAAUCGGGUCGAUCAUGCUUUACUAUGAAGCGCAGCCAUGAUGCACGUGAAGAUUCACCGUCUAUCUCUCCCCAGAAACCAGCGGAGGUUAAACUCUCUACACUCCACGCUCCAGUCUCUCCUCCCAGAAUACGAUCAUCACCGCAGAAAUCCGCAGAUCAGCAACCAACCCUCCCACCCUCUUCCACUUCAACGGUGAAAUCCGAUCAGGGACCCGAUCUAGCCGCCAUCGAGGCCGGCCAAGCACAGGUCUCGGAUCAUCUAUCCAUCUUCUCCUCGCGACUUCGGGCAGCGGCUCGUUCUACAGAUGGACAAACUCCCCGCCUCGAAAUCCCAGACUGGGCAGAUCUGUACCAUCGCAACCAGCAUGCCAACGGACGCCAUUUCAUGAUCCAUCAGCAUGACCACCCCAUCGCCGGUCCGCACUAUGAUCUUCGCCUACAGUUCUCGGGCUCGAGCUCCGUAAGUUGGUCUGUUAUGUACGGCUUGCCCGGCGAUCCUAAUAGUCGACGGAUUAAUCGGAAUGCCACGGAGACCAGGGUUCAUUGCUUAUGGAACCAUCUGGUAGAAACUGCUUCCGCCAAAACAGGGAGCAUGAUUAUCUGGGACACCGGGGAGUAUGAAAUUCUGCCUUAUCAUGAAGAGCCGUCGGGUCCUGAAACCGACGACUCUCGCUCCAACGCGUCUUCUGAUCUAUCGGCUUCUGGAGAUCAAGGUAGUGAGAGCGAAAAGCUCCGUCAGGCAUUCCAGAAUCGCAAAAUCCGUCUGCGAUUGCACGGUACUCGCUUACCGCCUGGAUAUACUGUCAUAUUACGAUUAGCAAAGGCCAUGGACAUUACGAACCCAAUCCAUACGCCUAAAAAGCGUCGCAGGCGCAAUAUAUCCUCCAAUGCUAAAAGUGCCCCGCCCCCGAGUACCUCAUCGUCAGGCUCAUCGCCGGAAAGAGACGGACCAGUACCUCAGCACUCGAAUCAAGACGUAGCUCCGCUGGACUCCUCUCUUCAGGCACACUCGGACUCCGAAGAUGGUGUAGAUCGUCAAAUUCGUUUGAACAACGCUUACCCUGGGUCCACGAACUCCAUCGGAUCGGUCCAUCAAAGACGCUGGUUCAUCAGUCUAGAUCGUGUCAACUCCGGCUUCAUGGAUAAACUAGACCCUCUGUCUGGGCGAAAACAGUGGGUUCGUAAACAGGACAAAAAGACAGGUCAAUUGGUAGGAUUUGGUUCUUUCUACGUCCGAGGACCUGAAGUGGAGAGAAGCGUUGUGACUGCGCGAUCAGCGAAGGAUGUUUUAGAGGACGAAGGUGUAGAAGGCUUUGCCGGUAGACGAGGAUGGAGGCCGGUUCUAGAGUAG